AUGCCUCGCGAGAUCAAAUCUGUCGACGAACCGUUGAAAGGAGUCUCAUCUACUGUUACACCAGUCGAUUACAUCACCAACAGGUUACUGCGAGUAGACCUCGAAGCCGCUGGACUACUAGUAAUGCCUGCUAUAGAUGGUGUAGCGGGUACGAAGCGAUGGAUGCCAUCAAUCAUCCAAGACAUUUGGGUUCGUUUGAAGAUGAAAGUUUUGGGUAUUUUUCAUGUCAAACCGGAGAAUUUCAAGAAGAUUAUGCAAAUUGACGAAAAGAAGUACAAGCAGUAUUACGAUAGGUACUUCUAUCAGUACUACAUCAAGCAUCUCAACGCAAAAUUACCCGAGAAGUAUGUGGACGAAAUCUGGAAUGCAAGGUUAAAAUACUGGCUCACAAAAGGAUUGUCCGUACCGCAAGUUGCCGACAAAUUGAAGGGCUCUAAGGGUGUUAUGGCAGCUGGCAAUACGCCGAGCUUUGAUAUAAUUGGGCGAUAUAACAAGAUGUGGGGUGAAGAACAGGUAAAAUUGAGCAGUAAGCAAUCAGGGGGAGGGCACUUCCUCAGCUUCACACUUGGCUGCAUCGACUGA